GCUUCGCGCAGCCUCAGGGGCGGAGUCGAGAGACGUGGCAGCGGAAAGCGGGGCCGGCCUAGCAGGAGCCAUGGCCGGGGACUGGGCCGGCUUCUCGGAGCAGGAGCUUCGGAAGCUACAGGGAAAGCGCCCAGAGCCGCCAGAACCUCCACCUGAGCAGCAUCGUCGUCCACCUUCUGUAAACAAAAGUCGGCAACAGCAGCAGCGCAAGAAGGCUGUACAGCAGCUGCAUGACAGACUAGAACUGCAAGACGGAGCACUCUUGGCACCUCCAGAGCAGCGACUUUCUGCACCCAAACUCACAUCCUCUUCUCCCCGGACAUCUGUGCCAUCAGCCCACUGUCCUUCAAUCAGAGAGCAGCACGAUGCCAAAAAUCAGGAGGUUCCACCUGGACUUGAAAAGCCUGGUCAUUCUGGACUUGAGAAAUCUUCCAACGGAGAUGAAGAAAUCCAGAAUCACUCCGCAGAGACGAGCCGUGACCUAGCAAGAAAGAAAAUGGAAUUAAAAGAGAAGUCUCGUUGGGAGGUCCUUCAACAGGAGCAGAAGCUCAUGGAAGAAAAGAACAAACGCAAGAAAGCUCUCCUAGCCAAAGCAAUCGCAGAAAGGUCCAAACGAACGCAGGCUGAAACGGUGAAACUGAAGCGGAUCCAGAAAGAGCUCCAGGCUCUGGACGACUUGGUGUCUGCUGACGUUGGGAUUCUGAGAAACCGGAUCGAUCAGGCCAGCUUGGAGUACUCGUGUGCUAGGAAGCGUUUUGAUAAGGCAGAAGCAGAGUACGUUGUUGCAAAGCUGGACCUCCAAAAGAAAACCGAAGUCAAGGAGCAGCUCACGGAGCACUUGUGCACGAUCAUCCAGCAAAAUGAGCUGCGCAAGGCGAGGAAACUGGAGGAGCUGAUGCAGCAGCUAGAAGUGGUGCUGGAUGAGGAGAACCUGGAACUCGAGAUCGAAGUGGAGCAGAUGCUGCUGCAGCAGGAGGGAGGCGCUCUCGGGCAAGCGGGCCAGUCGCGGAAGCCUGUUCCUGUUGCCCCAGAGGUGGCUGCCCCCCAGGGUCACAGCCAAGAACACGAGAGCAAAAGCCACCCAGCUGGGGGUUCAGAACAGUUCCUGGAACAGACUGCAGAUUCUCAUCCUGGGGGCAAGGGUCACGUAACGAGAUAAUUCUCUCUCGCAUCCGAUUAGAGAAUCUGGAGUAGUUAGUUCUACAAGAAUUAUAUUUUUGAAAAGAUAUAGCCCCAGAUAUUUCCAGGAUAUAUCUUAUUUCAAAUGGGGCUAAGAGUAAUUUUUGCAGAACUGAUUAGUCCAGAUUCUGUAUUUGGAUGCGAGAGCAAAUUAUUUUAUUACGGCGCUUAACACGGGGGCACAUGACGCAAUAAUUAUCUGCAAAGAUCCUUUUGAAGCCUCUGAUGCUGCUUGACUGGUGAAGGCGACACUCAUAGAACAAGAAGUUCAGACCUUCAGAUUGGUUACAGGAUAAUGUUCAUUUUACACUCAGACGACAACCUCCUCUGCGUCUGGAGAAGCCAUGGCUCGCAAAGAUACCUGAAUGCUGGAACCCAGUAAACCAGAUUCCGGUAUGUGUCCUUCUCUGCUUUGCCUGUCAGGUUCUUCAUUUUCAGUCUUCCAGCAAGUAUGCAGUAUCAUCGUUGAAUACCUCCUGGCCCCACCAGCCGAAAGUUAAAAAAUGGGGCCAUAAACGGCUCUCCAGACAAAGCAACUUUUAUUUUUGUAUGUAUAUUUAUGAUGCACACAUUUGAAUUGCAGAUCUCAGGCAUUCGCUCAAUGAGACCUUUGUACCUGAUGGCCGUCGGCCAACUCCUUCAUGUUAGCAUUGAUUCCCAUUUGCUGCGCGCUGCUUUUCUCAAGGGCUGGGGGAGAAAUCUUCGGGUUUGGGAUUUUUAUGCCCAGAGCUGCCAGAAGCCCGUCAAAAGUGGGGAAAAUGGUCUGUAUAAAAUCUCAAACUUCCAAAUACCCUUCUUAUUCCCCCCCACAGAAAAAUUUUUUGGAACAUCCCAGGAUUUAUGAUUUACCCUUUGUGGGGGGGAGAGAGUUGUCCAUGCCCAAAUUCUGAGUUAUUGGUUUAGAGGCUUCUGCUGCAUUGCUGUUUUGUCUGCUUACGUCUGCCGUGAGGGCACUGCCAUAGUCAUUCAUUCAUUUGUGUCAGCACCUUUCUCCUCCCUGCUCAUCUUCCCUGACUCACUGAGCCGAAAGGUUCAUCUACACAAAGGGAAAUAGAAAAGAAAACCCAUGUUAGCUAUAGUAUCUGCUUUUAGGAAGAGAGUAGCACACGCUUCUUUUAUUUAUUUACUUUGUUUUAUUUAAAAUAUUUGUUAGCCAUCUUUCUCCCUUGUGGUGCUCAAGGCGACUUACAGGAUGAAUAAUACACUAUUUUAAAAAUGCAAUAAAAACAAGUUAUAGAACCCAUAAAAGUCACCAGAUGAAAAACUUCAGUUAGGACUGUCAGCGAUAAAAGCUAAGUCAAUCAAAAUGCAGUCCUAAAUAAAACAGGCUUCAGCCACCUCCUGAAGAUUGACACUGAGGGCGCCAGGUGCAUCUCCUUGGGAAAGAUAUCCUGUAAUCAUGGGGCUGCCACGGAAAAGGCUUUAUCUUGUGUACCUACCGAAAGAGCAUCUUUAAUUAAAGAGCAGCUAAAGGGACAUAUCUCUGCGAUCCUGAUUCCCAGGCAGGAAUGAAUGGGAGUAGAUGGUCCUUCAGACACCCAGGUCCCAAGCCAUUUAAAGGACAAAACCAACACUUUGAUUUGAGAUUGAGAGUGGAUUGGUAGCCAGUGUACUUGCUGUAGUAUUGGGGGCAUAUGCUCCAGAGAACUGGCCCCAACCAGUAGUCAAGCUGCAGCUUCUGAAUGCUGUUUAAGGGUAGCCCCAAAUAGAUCACAUUGCAGCAGUCCAGUCUAAAUGUAACAAGGCAUAGGUCACGGAGGCUAGAUCUGAUUGACCCAGGAACAGAUGCAGUUGACACAUCAGUCAGAGCUGGGCAAAUACUGUGACCGAUUUCCCAUUUGCCUUGUGCCGGGGUCACGCUCCUCUUCUCAGCGGGACUUCUGUCCAAUUUCACAUCUGCCCCAGGGCUGCAACUAGCUUCGGCUUUUUCGUUUGGCAAACAGAAACUGGUUUUUAGAGGUUUCUGUUUGCCGCACAAAAAAGCCAAAGCUAAUGGAAGCUCCGCUGAGAAGAGGAGAGUGAGAGCGGUGAAAGGUGAGUGGGAAAUAGGUCUGUGAGCCACAACAGCCACCUGGUUUCGUAAGGUGACCACUGGGUCAGGCAUCACUCCCAAACUGCAAACCUGACUUUUGAAGGGGGAGGAUAACCUCACCUCCAAGAUGGGAGAUCUGGUCUGCCUUUCUAAUAACUCAGUGAACCUUCAUCUUGUCAGGAUAAAGUUUCAGCUUGUUCACCCUCAUCCAGCCCGUUACCGACUCCAAACACUGAUUCAGAACAUCAGUGGAAAAGAAAGGUACAGCUGGGUAUCAGCUGCGUGUAUGGCAGACGACAGACAGGCUGUCAAAACGUUUUAUUGGCCAGUUUUCCACAAGAGUGUUGAAAAGACAGUUUUUAAUUUAUAUAUAAACAUCCAUAUAUAUAUAUGAAUAAGACUGCUCUCUACUCCUCUUUAUUUUGUGUUAUUGAUACUGAUGGCAAAGCCUGUUCAAAGUCAUUCCUCCAGUGGACUACAUUAAAAUAACACAAUUUUGAAUUCGCUUUAACAACUGGGAUCUAUUAAAUUACAGCAUUAAUUUAGAUCAGUUGUACUCAAUAAAACACAUCUGUAUUUAAUGGGAAGUGCUGGCAGCAAAUGGGACAGAUAAUUGAAGGAGCCCAUUCUUACCUUUUUCUCUUUUUAUUCUUUUAAAUGGGCAAAUAAUGUUAAAAAUCAAGCCAACACAUAGCAAUUGUAUAGUUUGUUUAUAGAACUGAAGAUGGAUUUGUGAAAGUUCUAUGCAACUUCCUUCUAUUAAAUAAUUUUUUUAAUUUAA